CCCACAUCAAUGUUUCAGACAAUCGUCAUCUUCCUAAAAUUCUGUCUCAGCUUACACAUAUAAUAUUCUUAUUAAAAAAAAAAAAAACAUAAUAAUUUUUAAAAAAAAUCCACAAAUUUUUCUAUUCAUUCUACUCUCAUUCCUUUUCUGCUCUUGGUUCUCUAUAAAAUUUCGGGUUCUUCUUUUGCUAUAAGCUUUUGUGGGUUUAACAGAAAUGGCAACAGUUCAGCCACUUACAAAUGGGGUUUCUGAGAUCACUCAAGAGGAAGACGUCGAGAUUGUAAAAUCUGUAAAUGAACAGACUUCAGGUACUGGACAUAGUAGUAGACGGCCUGAUAUUUCACUUCAAAUACCCCCAAGAUCGACAGGCUUUGGUAAAAGCCGUAGUGGAAAAGGUUUACUGCAAUCUCAAGGUUCCAACAAAGGUGGUUUGUCUCCAGGAAGCUUCUUAAGGGCUUUAAGUUUUAAGAGAAAAGGCAUUGCUACUGAAGGUGAGAAAAGUUCGCUCCUAAGUUCAGACCCGAGGACAACUGCUGAAAGUCCGAUAAUGACUAUCGCUUCAGCCUUUUCAUGGAAAAAGUCCACCUCUCUCCCAGUUACUCCAGCAUCAAACUUGUCCCCCUUGAUUCCCCUCCCCGCCACAACAACUACGAUCAAUGAAGAGCCAAUGCCAUGUAAAGAAGCAGUGCGUACAGUUUCGAGGUCUCUAUCCGUGCCCGUUAGAAAUAUUGUUGUAGUACGAUCUACAUCUUUUGCUACCCCCAGGACAAAUUCGGAGGCCAGUGCCAGUUCUGAUCCGAAUGGUUCUGUUACCUUAGAAAAUGAUGAUGAAGAAAUUCCUGAAGAGGAAGCAAUUUGUAGAAUCUGUCUUGAUCCAUGUGAAGAAGAAAACACUCUUAAAAUGGAAUGCAGUUGCAAAGGAGCCCUUAGGCUUGUACAUAAAGAUUGUGCAAUAGAAUGGUUUAGCAGAAGAGGAAACAAGGUUUGUGAAGUCUGUAGGCAGGAAGUACAGAAUUUACCUGUCACGCUUCUCCGCAUUCCCACCACUGCACAACGAGACGGAAGACAGUUACAAAAUCAAGUGACUUUUCGUUCACGAACGAUAAGUGUUUGGCAGGACUUUGUGGUGCUUGUUUUAAUCAGCACAAUAUGCUAUUUCUUCUUCCUUGAGCAGCUUCUGAUUCAUGACUUGAAGACUCAGGCUAUCGUUUACGCUGCUCCUUUUGCAUUGGUGUUUGGUCUUAUGUCAUCAAUAUUCUCUGUCAUCCUCGCAAUCAAGGAGUAUAUAUGGACUUAUGCAGCUCUUGAGUUUGCACUUGUAGCUAUCAUUCUUCAUCUUUUCUAUACUUUGCUGAAACUGAAGGCAUUAUAUGCCAUUUUGCUGUCUGCUAUCUUGGGUUUUGGUGUGGCUAUGAGCUUGAAUGCUGUAUACAUUCAUUACUACAUUUGGCGAGUUCGAGUCAUGCAGAAUCCUAACCCUGUAUGACCAAGUUCCGAACACGAUAAGCCCGUUGUCGGAAGCUUCCUCUCCGGACUUCUAAAUUACCAAAUACAACCUAUUGAAUGAAGAAAAAAAAUGCAGGUAGAUGAAAAUUCAGGCAUCUGAUGAGUAAAGAUGAACAUCUUGAAUCAAGAUUCAAGAGCUUUUGAGUUGCUUAAACAAUGGACAAUAUCAAUGGAUGAGCUCGAGCUGCGGCUGAUGAAGAUGAAAGAAGAUUACAUGUAUCAAUGAAACGUUUAUAAUUUUUGUAUGGGGAAAUUGUACUCCUGUGGAUCGCAAUAUAAAUUGCGCAUUUUUGUUAUUUUUUUGCAAUGUCGUGUAGGAAAAAAAUUUAGAAUGUGUGGAAGUAAUUAUGGAAAUAAUGAUUUUAGUGAAAAUAAUGUUUAUAAGUGAUUUGUUAAAUGCUAAA